CUGAUCGUAGUGAUCAUGACUGCGGCGGUUGAUGGUCAGCAGGAUUGGGGAGUGAAUUACAGCCCUUCAUAUGUUUGUGCAUUAAAGGGAUCAACAGUGACAAUAUCUUGUACUGUAAGAUAUCCUGAUGAUCACGAGCUCGUAAAAGCUUUCUGGACCAAAACCUUUAGAGAAUCACCUGAUCGGUGUUCAGAUCCAGAGAAGAGAGGAGGGAUUCAGUGUUUGAGUGAAGCUAAAGACACUUCCAGCAUCACUUUGACGAAUGUAACAGAAGCUGAUAAACACAUCUACUACUUUAAAUUUACUACAAACAUGGGUGUAAAAUGGACGGGUGUUCCUGGAGUUCAGCUUGACAUCACAGACCUGCAGGUGGAGACACAGCAGAGAGUGAAAGAGGGAGAUUCAGUCACUCUGACAUGUAAAAGCAGCUGCUCUCUGACUGAACAAACAACAUUCAUCUGGUACAGAAACACACAGAGAUUCACUGAAGGAAUUGUGAAAGUGAAUCAGCUUCAUCUGCGGUCAGUCAGUCGUUCUGAUGAAGGAAACUAUCAGUGUGAAAUAAGAGUAAAUAAUGAUCAUCUGAUCUCUCCUGCUGUUCUUCUUAAUGUUGAAUCGGUUUAUGGUCUGUGGGAUCAGGGAGUGAAUUACAGUCCUUCAUAUGUUUGUGCUUUAAAGGGAUCAACAGUGAAAAUAUCCUGUACUUUAACACUUUCUCAGAGUUAUAAACUCGUAAAAGCUUUCUGGACCAAACCUGUUGGAGAAUCACCUGAUCUGUGUUCAGAUCCAGAGAAGAGAGGAGGGAUUCAGUGUCACAGUGAAUAUGAACACACUUCCAGCAUCACUUUGACGAAUGUAACAGAAGCUGAUAAACACGUCUACUACUGCAGAAUUAGAAAUUAUUGGAAUUAUUGGACAGUGAUUCCUGGAGCUCGUCUUGAUGUCACAGACCUGCAGGUGGAGACACAGCAGAGAGUGAAAGAGGGAGAUUCAGUCACUCUGACAUGUAAAAGCAGCUGCUCUCUGACUGAACAAACAACAUUCAUCUGGUACAGAAACACACAGAGAUUCACUGAACGAAUUGUGAAAGUGAAUCAGCUUCAUCUGCGGUCAGUCAGUCGUUCUGAUGAAGGAAACUAUCAGUGUGAAAUAAGAGUAAAUAAUGAUCAUCUGAUCUCUCCUGCUGUUCUUCUUAAUGUUGAAUCGGUUUAUGGUCUGUGGGAUCAGGGAGUGAAUUACAGUCCUUCAUAUGUUUGUGCUUUAAAGGGAUCAACAGUGAAAAUAUCCUGUACUUUAACAUAUCCUCAGAGUUAUAAACUCGUAAAAGCUUUCUGGACCAAACCUGUUGGAGAAUCACCUGAUCUGUGUUCAGAUCCAGAGAAGAGAGGAGGGAUUCAGUGUCACAGUGAAUAUGAACACACUUCCAGCAUCACUUUGAUGAAUGUAACAGAAGCUGAUAAACACGUCUACUACUGCAGAAUUAGAAAUUAUUGGAAUUAUUGGACAGUGAUUCCUGGAGCUCUUCUUGAUGUCACAGACCUGCAGGUGGAGACACAGCAGAGAGUGAAAGAGGGAGAUUCAUUCACUCUGACAUGUAAAAGCAGCUGCUCUCUGACUGAACAAACAACAUUCAUCUGGUACAGAAACACACAGAGAUUCACUGAAGGAAUUGUGAAAGUGAAUCAGCUUCAUCUGCGGUCAGUCAGUCGUUCUGAUGAAGGAAACUAUCAAUGUGCUGUAAGAGGAAAUGAUCAUCUGAUUUCUCCACCUGUUUAUCUCAAAGUAGAAUGGGUUGAUGGUCUGCAGGAUUGGGGAGUGAAUUACAGCCCUUCAUAUGUUUGUGCAUUAAAGGGAUCAACAGUGAAAAUAUCCUGUACUUUAAAAUAUCCUCGUGGUCAUGAGAUCAGAACAGUCUUCUGGACCAAACCUACUGUAGCUGUUGAAGAACUACCUGAUUUGAAAAAUGACCCAGAAAAAAGAGGAAGAGUUCAGUGUCACAGUGAAGGUAAAGACACUUUCAGCAUCACUUUGACGGAUGUAAGAGAAGCUGAUCAACACGUCUACUACUGCAGAUUUACUACAAACAUUGAGAGCGGAAAAUGGACGGGGGUUCCUGGAGCUCAGCUUGACGUCACAGACCUGCAGGUGGAGACACAGCAGAGAGUGAAAGAGGGAGAUUCAGUCACUCUGACAUGUAAAAGCAGCUGCUCUCUGACUGAACAAACAACAUUCAUCUGGUACAGAAACACACAGAGACUCACUGAAGGAAUUGUGGAAGUGAAUCAACUUCAGCUGAAGUCAGUCAGUCGUUCUGAUGCUGGAAACUACAGAUGUUCUGUAAGAGGAAAUGAUCAUCUGAUCUCUCCUGCUGUUUAUCUUAAUGUUGAAUGGGUUGAUGGUCUGCGGGACUGGGGAGUGAAUUACAGCCCUUCAUAUGUUUGUGCUUUAAAGGGAUCAACAGUGACAAUAUCCUGUACUGUAGAAGAUACUCACUAUUUUGACAUCAAAACAGUCACAUGGACAAAAACUGCUGUAACGGAUGGAGAAUCACCUAAUCUGUGUUUAGAUCCAAAGAAGAGAGGAGGGAUUCAGUGUUUGAGUGAAGAUAAAGACACUUCCAGCAUCACUUUGACGAAUGUAACAGAAGCUGAUAAACACGUCUACUACUGCAGAUUUACAGAUGAUCAGAAUAAAAGAUGGACAGUGAUUCCUGGAGCUUGGCUUGAUGUCACAGACCUGCAGGUGGAGACACAGCAGAGAGUGAAAGAGGGAGAUUCAGUCACUCUGACAUGUAAAAGCAGCUGCUCUCUGACUGAACAAACAACAUUCAUCUGGUACAGAAACACACAGAGAUUCACUGAAGGAACUGUGAAAGUGAAUCAGCUUCAUCUGUGGUCAGUCAAACAUUCUUAUGAAGGAAACUAUCAGUGUGAAAUAAGAGAAAAUAAUGUUCAUCUGAUCUCUCCUGCUGUUUAUCUUAAUGUUGAAUAUCAUCCAAAGAGCGUCUCAGUGUCCAUCAGUCCGUCUGGUGAAAUAGUGUCAGGAGAUUCAGUGACUCUGAACUGCAGCAGUGAUUCAAACCCUCCUGCUCUGAACUUCAGCUGGUUUAAAGGAGCAACAUUUGUAAAAUCUGGAAGAAUCUUCAGCAUCUCAAACAUCAGCUCUGAUCACAGUGGAGAAUACAAGUGCAGAUCCAGAAAUAAACAUGGAGAGAAAGACUCUGAUGCUGUGAAGCUGAAUGUCAUGUAUCCUCCAAAGAGCGUCUCAGUGUCCAUCAGUCCAUCUGAAAUAGUGGAGGGAAGUUCAGUGACUCUGAGCUGCAGCAGUGAUUCAAACCCUCCUGCAGAAGUGAGCUGGAAUAAAGAAAAAUUUCUGGGAUCUGGCGACACCUACAACAUCACUAAUAUCAAGUCUGAGGCCAGUGGAAACUAUUAUUGCUCUGCUAGAAAUAAACAUGGAUCUCAGUCCUCUGCUGCUGUGACUGUGAAUGUCAUGUAUCCUCCAAAGAGCGUCUCAGUGUCCAUCAGUCCGUCUGGUGAAAUAGUGUCAGGAGAUUCAGUGACUCUGAACUGCAGCAGUGAUUCAAACCCUCCUGCUCUGAACUUCAGCUGGUUUAAGGAGGAUGAAACCUCAGCUGUUGGAUCUGGACAGAGUUUCAGCAUCUCCAGCUUUAGCUCCAGUUUCAGUGGACGCUUCUACUGUGAGGCUCAGAAUAAAUAUGGAUCUCAGAGAUCAGCGUCUGUUUCUCUCACUGUUAAAGCUGAAGAAAGCAGCUGGUCUCUAAUCACAGUCACAGUGGGAAUCACUGCAGCUGUUGUCAUGACUGUGAUUGUGAUGCUGUUGAUCAGAAGGAAACGAGUGACUCCAUCAGAAGAGCAAAAGCACAGAGGAUCACAACAACAUAAAACAGUCGAGUCUCCUGAGGACGCUUACAUGACCCUUGACUCCAAGUCCAGAUGUUCUGAAUACGACACACUGGAUAAUAUGAAGAGAUAAUGUGACACAGACGACCCUGAAGAUCAAGAUAAUACAUAUUAUAACAUUGGCAAAUGAUUAUUUUAUCUUAUAUUAAUUUAAUUUAUCAGUUUAUUUCACAUUCAUUUUUAAUAUUAUGGUGCUAAAAAUGUCUCAAGAGUCAAAUACAUCAAUCUAGUGGAUGUUCACGUUGACGCAGCAAUGCAUAUAAACCACAACUUUAUUUUUGUCAAAGGCCUCUACAUUCUGACCAAACGUGCCAAAUGAAGAAAUAUAAAAGUAAUAAGUAAACAAACCUUUAAACUAAAUGAUGCUAAAACACAGAAUACAGAUUUGUUUUUUAAAGUUGAACUUUUAACUCAAGUGUAACGGUCAAACGUUUGUUAGAAAAGCAGAGGAAAAGCAGCACAGUUCAAUGCAAAAACACGUUCUGUGUUAAUUUUCCUUGCUAUUAUUGCCUUCAGUUUGUUUUAAACAGACGACUGUUAUAGUCACUUU